GUCAUUUUGGAGCGAAAGUUUUCGAAAGACUGGCUAUAAUGCACAGGACAUGUAGCAGCGUCCUGGUGAGAAUUACAUGACAAAUCCAUGAUAUAAUUUCUCGACGAAGUUGUUAAAAAUAGCGACACACCAAGCUGCUGUAAAAAUGGAAGGACUGGAGAUGUCCGCGAUGAUACCGGCUCUUCAGGAGCUAGCUAGUGCCAGCGCGGCUGAGUAUGAACAGGCGGUGCAGAAACCUCGACAGAUCCUCUGUCAGUUCAUUGACAGGAUACUGACGGAUGUGGAUGUCGUCGCUCUGGGGCUGAGUAAGAAGUCCAGUUCGGAGCCAGCUUGCGUGAUGCUCUUGGACUUUGUGCAACACAUAGUAAAAUCCUCAUCUCUGAUGUUUGCCAAUCCUGCCUGCCAGCCUGCGGAGUAUCCAGACACCACACAGAGCUGUACAAACUUCAGUAAGUGGGUGGCGGUGCGUUUGCUUCGUGUGGCAGCAGCUCCAGACUGUGACAUCAUCCACAGACGUGUCUAUGCUGUGUUGUGCUCUUUACUUCACACCCUGAGAGUCAGGGCGCCGUUCAUCUCCAGCCACCUCACUCAGGAACUCAUAUUUCUGGCCCAGGACCUCAGCAACAUCUUGUACGCCCACAUUGCCACACUCGCAGGACGAGGACACACUCUGGACACGCAGAACCGGUGGCCUGUGACACUCGAGUGCUUCAGUUUGUCCCGUGGUUGUGUCUCCUCGUACCUCACUCCCUCUCCUCUUGUGCUCUCCUCACCUGCUGCGCUGGAGUCGCUCACCGCCGUGGCGAUAGGUGUCGUAACUGACGCCCUGAGGGGAGUGCUUUCCCGUCAUGAUCUCAGUGUGGCCUGGGAGACGGCUUGCUCCGUCCUCGCCAACGGCAACAUCAAGCUGAGGAAGAUCUCCAUGGUGAUGUUGAGGCGACUGGUGGAGCUGGGAGGAUUUCCUGUGAUGCAAGGCCAUGAGUUCUUCACAGCCUACCUUCAGUUGCUGGAAACACACUCCUAUACAUGCACAGCAAACACAUGCUUAGAUGAGACACAGCCCUAUGAAGGGGAGCUGCUGCACCUGACUCGCUGUGUGUUUCAGUCAUCCGGUGCCUCUGACACACACUUUGAGCCCAUCUAUCUCUCGCAGAUGUUUGAGUGCGUUUGUACUCUUGGAGGAGCAGGUGUCAAGUUGGGGACAGAAGUUACUGAAUCACUGUGCUUGCUGUUCAGCUUCUUACUAUCUGUUGCCCCAGUUUAUGAGACUGCUACGAUGUUAAGGAGACAGCGCGUCACAGCGGUCUGCAGGACACUAGCACGCACCGUUGGAACAGAAAAUCAAGCUGAAUGUGCUGAGGGGUUUCUUCAAGCCGCACUGAAGGCUGAGACUACUACGGUGAUGAAGGAAGCAGAAGAUGGAGAGACUGCUGCCAAGAAAUCCUGCAAAUCUGCUGGUUCUGUCAGCAAGACAACAAAAACAUCAUCAGCUGAGUUGGACAUGCGUGUUCGGAGCGAGGUGUGGGCUGUGGUGAACAGUCGGCUGGAGGAGCUGCUGGCGCUUUUGAACUCGGACUCUGUCGAACCUGAAACCACACAGACUCUCUCUGCUCUGGAGGGUCUGGCCCUCACCUUCCACCUGGCAGCCCUCUGCUCCUCUCCCACCAGUGUUUCUCCUCCCCUCUGGGUGCCUUCAGAGACUCUGGGCAGGGCUCUGAAGAGCUGUCAGUCAGUGUUAGAAGGAGGCUCUCAACCUGUCUCAAACCAGAACUACUUUCAGUCUGCUCUCCAGACGACUGUCGGGGUCCUUGACUCUAUCUUGUACCUGACAAUGAGCAGCCAGAGUGAGGACGGGCUCCAGCGGCAUGUGUGUGCUCUGUUAUCUCUUCCCUGGGUAUGUGAGAACAAGUCUGUCUCAGCCUAUAAGAGUUCAGGAUUCCCCUCCUGGCUUUCUACCUUGGCUCAGAGACUAAACUUCUGUUACUCACCUGAGGUCCAGGUCGACUGUGUGUCGCUGCUGGCCAUCCUGCGUCGUGGUGUGUGUGAGACGUGGCGCGUGUGUGUGUUUUCUAAGGCGCUACAGAGUCCAGAUGAGGUGGUGAGAGCGGCGGCAGUCAGGGCCUUCCCUGUUCUUCUUCACCACCUGGGAAACACACAUCACAGCCUCAUCAGCAGUACUCUGCUUUCCACGCUGGAGGACAGUUCGGAGCAGGUAAAGAAGGAGCUUGCCAGGUCCAUCGGUCAGCUGAGCUGUAUCCAAUCAGGGGUCUCCCUGCUCAGUGACGCUCAAGCAGAGUCCCCCUGUCUUCCCAGAAUCCUCAGCCUCCGCCUCAGCCUUGCAACAGAGCAUGCUGGAAAUGCUCUUCCAUCCCUCAGGGCAACUUUUGUCAGACCUUUUCUGCCAUUGCUCAGACAGCAAGCUCCUAGCAGUGUCAAACAAGCUUUCUUAGAAGCUCUGCCUCACCUCUGCCAACAUGUGAAUCUGAUUGGUGGCGACAGCGAAUCCAGGGCAGUUCUCUGUGCUCUGCUUGGCCUAAUGGAGGACUCAGAUCCAGUGGUCAGAAUCUGUUUCGGCCAAUCAGUUCGUUUCCUGCUAACGGAGACCAACAAAAACUCAGAGCAGGGCUCCCUGAGUGAUCUCCUGGUUGCACGACUUAAGGAGGCAUUCAACAACGCUAAACUCAACAGAGAUGACGACCUGCGCAACACUCUCAUCCUGACCACCGGAGAGAUUGGCAGGGCAUCUCAGGGAAGUUUGGUGUCGUUCUCUCUGCUGCGUCUGCUCCACUGUCUGCUGUCCAAGUCAUCCUCUGUGUCUGUCGCAGCUUACACUCAGAUCAGAGCUCUGGCCACCGCCAAAGGCCUUAAACUGCAAACCCUCUUCAGUCAGUACAAGAACCCUAUUUGCCAGUUCCUCGUGGAGUCGCUGCACUCGCGUCAUGCCUCAGCCCUGCGGAGCACACCUGACCAGGGCAGCGAGUCAGCCAAUCAGAGAGAGCUGGCCCUGGACAUCCUGGCUCAGAUCGCACACGCUUUUGACUUCCCCGACCUCCACCGCUUCCUCACUAGGACCCUCCAGGUGCUGCUGCCCUACCUGGCAGCAAAGGCGAGCUCUACAGGCUCCUCCCUCAUCCGUACAUUGGCCAAUGAGCUUAAAGCAAACAGGAGAGAGAUCCUGAUCAACAACUUCAAAUACAUCUUCAGCCAUCUGGUCUGUUCAUGCACCAAGGAGGAGCUGGAGAGGGCCUUCCACUACCUACAGAGUGAGACAGAGAUUGAACUGGGCUCUCUGUUAAGGCAAGACUUCCAGGGUCUCCACAACGAGCUGCUGCUGCGCCUUGGAGAGCACUACCAGCAGGUAUUCAAUGGUCUGGCAAUCCUGGCCUCCUUUGCAUCCAAUGAUGACCCAUACCGGGGUCCCCGGGACAUCACUACACCAGAACGCAUGGCAGAUUACCUUCAGCCGAAGCUGCUGGGAAUUCUCGCCUUUUUCAACAUGCAGCUGCUCAGCUCCAGUGCAGGAGAGAAGGACCGCAAAAAGCUGGCCUUGACAAGUGUGAUGGCUCUAAUGCGACUCAUGGGCUCCAAACACAUCAGCUCUGUCAGAGUGAAGAUGAUGACAACGCUGCGCACCAGCCUGCGAUACAGAGAGGACUUCCCUCUGCUCUGCUGCCAGACGUGGGAUUGUUUUGUGAGGAGUGUGGAGCCUGCACACCUGGGUCCUCUACUGAGUCAUGUUAUCGUUGCUCUCCUCCCCCUGAUCCCUCUGCAGCCCAAAGAAACUGCUGCUAUUAUCCGCUUCCUCAUACUGGACAAAAGGGAAGAAGUCAACGACUACCUCCAUGAGAUUUACUUUCUACCGGAUCACCCUGAGUUAAAGGACAUCCACACUGUUCUGCAGGAUUACAAGAAGCUCACAGCCAGCAGCAGUGACCUGGCCGCAGCACUGCAGCUCUCUAUGAGAGCCGUUCAGCAUGAAAAUGUUGACGUCAGGAUUCAUGCACUCACCAGCCUCAGGGAUAUGAUGCACAGCAACCAGGAGUGGCUGCUGCGGCAGGUUUGUGCAAGUGAGGCUGUGGAGCCAGUCAUCUCAAACUUGGUGUCGGUGCUGCUAAAUGGCUGCCAGGACUCGUCCCCAGAGGCCAGGCUCCUCUGUGGGGAGUGUCUGGGGGAGCUGGGGGCCGUGGACCCGGGACGUCUGGACUUGUCACACACACACACCCAUGGUGACCGCAACACAUUUGUGAGUGGGGUUGAUGAUCCCAACUUUGCCCACGACCUGCUGAACGAACUCACCAGAACCUUCCUGGCUUAUGCUGAUAAUGUGAGAGCACAGGACUCAGCUGCGUAUGCAAUUCAGGAGCUGCUGUCCAUCUUUGAGUGUCGUGAGGGACGGACCGACUCUCCGGGUCGGCGUCUGUGGAGGAGAUUCCCAGAGCAGAUCCAGGAAAUACUGGAACCUCACCUCAACAGCAGAUAUAAGAGCAGCCAGAAGGAGGUGAACUGGUCUAAACUGAAGAAACCAGUGUACUUGAGUAACAGAGGCAGCAGGUUCUCUGAUUGGUCAGCCACCUGGGCCGGCUACCUCAUCAGCAAGGUGAGACAUGAGCUGGCCAGUAAGGUGUUCACCUGCUGCAGUUUCAUCAUCAAACACGACUACAAGGUCACUAUCUACCUGCUGCCUCAUAUUCUGCUGUACAUGCUGCUGGGCUGCACACCUGCAGAGCAACAGGAGGUAACGGAGGAGAUGCUGGCCGUACUGAAAGAUGGUGAUGGGCGAGGAGGGAUGCGCGUCCAGGAGACAGCCUCCAGCCUAUCGCAGCUCAGCAUUCAGACUGUGUUCAGCAUGUUGUCUCACCUCACACAGUGGAGCCGCCACAUCCUCUACUCCAAACCAAACAAACACAACGAGAGUGGGGAUUAUCAGCGAGUGGUGGCCUUCCUGAAGGGUAUUCCACAGGACGUUCUGGCCAAGGCUUCUCUACGAUCCAAAGCAUACACUCGCGCCCUCAUGCACUUUGAAGCUUACAUACUAGAAAAUAAAGAGAACAUCCAGGACCAUCUCACCUUCCUGCAGACACUGUAUGCUGCAAUGCAUGAGCCUGAUGGAGUGAGAGGGGUGAAUGCCCUGAGGAGGGAGGAGCCGUCGCUACGGGAACAGAUACUGGAGCAUGAGAGCAUUGGACUGCUCCGAGACGCCACCGCCUGCUAUGACCGUGCUAUACAACUGGAGUCAGACCAGAUUGGUCACUAUCACGGGGUCAUGACCUCUAUGCUCGGCCUGGGACAGCUCUCCACUGUCAUCACUCAGGUUAAUGGAGUACUGGCGAACAAGCACCAGUGGAAGUCGGAGCUUAACACUUACAGAGUGGAGGCAGCCUGGAAGCUCGGAAAAUGGGACCUGCUGGAGGAUUACUUAAGUUCGGACCGUCAGUCCAGCACCUGGGGUGUGCGGCUCGGCCAGCUGCUGUUGUCAGCUAAGAAGCAGGAUGCUGAGACUUUCUAUGAGAAGCUGAAGCUCGUGAGGAAGGAACAGGUGGUCCCUCUGUCUGCAGCCAGCUACGAGUGCGGAACCUACCAGAGGGGAUACGAGUAUAUUGUCAGGCUCCACAUGCUAAGCGAGUUGGAGCACACUUUCACUGUGCUGCAGAAACGGAGGGAACACUCUGCCCGCAGUCUCAGCCAGCUGCCUCCCCAUUGGUCAGAUCGACUGGAGAUGACCCAGAACUCCUUCAGGGCAAAGGAGCCCGUCCUGGCUCUCCGUCGUGCCCUGUUCAGUCUGGGAUCACAGUCUGUGUGUCAGGAGCUGGUAGGGGAGUGCUGGCUACAAAGUGCCCGAGUGGCCAGAAAGGCAGGACACCACCAGACUGCUUUCAACGCUCUACUUAACGCAGAGAACACACAUCUGGCCGAGCUGGUUACAGAGAAGGCCAAGUGGCUUUGGUCCAAGGGCGAUGUACACCAGGCCCUGAUCGUCCUGCAGAAGGGUGUUGCCCAGUGUUUUCCCGAUGAUCAGCCCCUCACAGACCCCCGCAGCCUGCAGACCAAAGGCAAGGCCAUGCUGCUGGUGGGACGCUUCAUGGAGGAGACCGCCAACUUUGAGUCCAACGCCAUCAUGAAAGCUUACAAAGAUGUGACACACCUUCUGCCGGAGUGGGAGGAUGGAAACUUCUACCUGGCCAAAUACUACGACAAAGUGAUGCCAAUGGUGACUGAUAACAAGCUGGAGAAACAGGGGAACCUCAUUCGAUACAUUGUCACAUACUUUGGAAAAGCUUUGCAGUAUGGAAACCAGUACAUCUACCAGGCCAUGCCUCGCAUGUUGUCUCUCUGGCUGGAUUUUGGAGCCAAAGUGUGUGAAUGUGAGAAAGCUGGGCGAGUAGACAGGCAGAUGCGACAGGAACUGGCUAAAAUCAACGUGGCGGUGAGCGAAAACUGCGCCAACUUGGCGCCAUACCAGUUCCUGACUGCUUUCUCCCAGCUCAUUUCCAGGGUGUGUCACUCCAGUGACGAGGUCUUCAAUGUCCUCAUGACCAUCGUGGCCAAAGUCUUCCUGGCGUACCCCCAGCAGGCCAUGUGGCUAAUGACUGCUGUCUCCAAGUCUUCCUACCCCACGCGAAUGAACCGCUGUAAUCAGAUUCUGAAAAAGGCCAUCAGUCUCAAACAAUCUCUGGAGAAAUUCAUCGGAGACGCCAACAGACUGACAGACAAGUUGUUGGAGCUCUGCAACAAGCCGGUGGAUGGCAACAGCACCGCCCUCAGCAUGAGCGUUCACUUCAAGCAGCUGAAACGUCUGGUGGAGGAGCCCACCUUCAGCCAGAUUCUGAUCCCCCUGCAGUCAGUGCUCAUCCCCACACUUCCCUCGACAGGUGGGACAAACACACAGCACGACGCCUUCCCCGGACACUGGGCCUACCUGGAUGGCUUCGAAGAUGCUGUGGAGAUCUUGGCCUCCCUACAAAAGCCCAAGAAGAUCAGUCUGAAGGGUUCAGACGGGCGGAGCUACACCAUGAUGUGUAAACCUAAAGACGACCUCAGGAAGGACUGCCGACUCAUGGAGUUCAACUGCCUCAUCAAUAAGUGCCUACGUAAAGAUGCUGAGUCAAGGCGGAGGGAGCUACAUAUCCGUACCUACGCUGUGAUUCCCCUCAAUGAGGAGUGUGGCAUCAUCGAAUGGGUCAACAACACCGCUGGACUUCGACACAUCCUCACCAAACUCUACAAGGAGAGAGGUAUCUACUUGUCGGGGAAAGAGCUCAGGAAACUUAUUCUACCAAAGACGGCUCCCUUUGAGGAGAAGCUACGAAUCCACAAGGAAGUGCUAUGUGCUCGACACCCCCCUGUAUUCCACGAGUGGUUUCUCCGGACCUUCCCUGACCCCACGUCAUGGUACAGCAGUCGCUCUGCGUACUGCCGCUCGACCGCUGUGAUGUCAAUGGUGGGUUAUAUCCUGGGUUUGGGAGAUCGCCAUGGAGAAAAUAUCCUCUUUGACUCUUUCACAGGGGAAUGCGUUCACGUCGACUUCAACUGCCUCUUUAACAAGGGGGAGACAUUUGAUGUGCCUGAGGUUGUUCCCUUCCGCCUGACCCAAAACAUGGUCCACGCUAUGGGACCCAUGGGCACCGAAGGUCUCUUCAGACAGGCCUGUGAGGUCACUCUGAGACUAAUGAAGGACCAGAGAGAGCCGCUCAUGAGUGUGCUCAAGACCUUCCUUCAUGACCCGCUGGUGGAGUGGAGCAAACAAGGCAAAGGAUUUUCCAAAGCUCAGGCCAAUGAGACAGGAGAGAUAGUUAAUGAAAAGGCUAAAACACACGUGUGUGACAUCGAGCAGCGUCUGCUGGGAGUGAUAAAGAGCAGGAAUAAAGUGCUGGGUCUACCUCUGUCUAUAGAGGGACAUGUCCACUACCUCAUACAGGAAGCUACAGACGACAAACUGCUCUGUCAGAUGUAUCUGGGCUGGGGGCCCUACCUAUGAAACGCACACCUACAUUUACAAAACGAGAGGAAAGCACUUUGAAGGCAGUUCGGGAGAAUUAAGGCUGCUUUCCUGUGAUAAAAUGCCUACACAAGACAACCUUAAGUGCUAUUAUGUGGCUCACAGCAAGUAUAAUAGUAUAAAGAAAAUAUCUGCACAUGCAUUUUGCAAUAAGAACAAAAGCUCUUUACAAUGCCAUUUGUUUGUUCUGCUCUUUCUGUUAUUCUUGAAAGUUUCCUGUUUUCUGGAAACAAAGGAUAUGUGUUAAAUUGCUGUACAUUACCUAGUAAUAAAGGAUAUGUUUUUUCUAAUUUUAUUUUAAAGGUAAAUGUGUCUUUCAGAAGAGUGUUUUCUAAUCUCUUAACCCUCCUUAGAUUCACUGUAGCAGUCACACUGCCGGAUGAUUGCUUUAAUCCCCUCUGUGUCUCUCUCUUUCUCUCCUGCACACACCCAGUAGUCCAAUCAGCUCACCUUUUUCACACAAGCACCAAUUAGAGCUAAGUGCUUCCUCAUGAGAGGCGUAAGCGGCUGAAGACAACUCUGUGAGGAUACCAGUAUGGAGUAAGGGAAGUGGAAAUUCUUCAAGUGAGCAAUGUUUUUGAUGUUCAGUCAUGGGUUCAGACACUCAAACGGUCUCUGUUUUUUUGAUAAUUACUUUUCUCCUUUUUGUCAAUGCUUGGCUGCUGUUGCAACUUGCUUUUGGAUAGAAGCCAUUCGUACUUGUUUCAAAUUAAGAGGAGCAUUCCAAACAAACACUUAUUGGAAACUUGUCUUUUCUGAUGAUGUCAGUGGGUGACCCCCUUGUCUUUACACUCUGCAGCAAGAUUAUCUAGGAACUUUUCUAUGGGAAACAACUGACCUGU